AACCGCGGGCUUUGUAAGUACCCUCGAAAAUCGAAAGACAGGCGUAAAACCGUUGGUAGCUUUCAAAAAUCAACAGAAAGGUACGACUGCCCCAGCAGGAUACCUAUUUAAGCGGAGUUAAAUAGCGUAAAAAAACCGAGCUAUCAGGACUUCGGACAGCUCCCGCGACCGACGCUCAUUGGAAUUUCACCAAAGCGCAUAUAAUAAAUUAUGUUACAACGGAACGGGUCCCAGCUCCUGCUGGCGAUAGCCCUGUGCAGUGCGUUUUACUCGAGAACUGCGGGUCUGCCAGCGAUCGGACCACAUUCAUCAGCAAGGUUGGGAAACAUCGAUGGAGAUAACGAGAACAACUGGACAAAGAGCUCAUCCGAUUCACUCCCAGAAAAUUACAAACUUUACUAUGAAUUAUCUGACAUAAUAGCGAGGCCCACAAGACAUGCAGACGGUCUCUUUACAAGCGGAUACAGCAAACUUCUGGGGCAAAUUUCCGCCAGACGGUACCUAGAUUCUUUGAUCGGAAAGCGAGUCAGUGAUGACAUCACGGAGGAGCAGGCUCCAGCCAAGCGGCACUCUGACGCUGUUUUCACAGACAACUACAGCCGCUUCCGCAAACAGAUGGCCGUGAAAAAAUACCUGGACUCCAUGCUGACAGGGAAACGCAGUCUAGAAGACCCUCCGAAUAUCGAAGAGGAACACAGGAAGACCAAACCUGCCUUACAGGAAACCUACGAUGAUGUCACAGGGGACGAGCUAAUCAACCAGCUCCCAUUGACACUCUGAAGACCCAUCUGGAGGAAGGAAGACUCCAUAACUGAUUUACCAUCCAAACCACACUGCAUAUCAGUACUACAGCAUAACAAAUGAUUCAGUGUAAAAGACUAUGUGUGUGAAACUCGCCUGUUAUGCGUAUGGUAAUGUGCACAUUGUACAUAAUAUAUUUUAUUCUGAGUGGGCUUUAAGGUGUACAUAAUCACAGAUAUUGUGUGGGUGGAACUCUGUAAAUGAAGCUCAAUAAACUCUGAUAAGAGACCUGCGCAGGACAGUGCCAGUGUCACAGAGAGGACAACAUCAAUGCUCAUGCAUAUUCAAAUAUACUUAAAUAAAUUAUUUACAUUUGCAUAUUCAUUUGAAAAACAGACGUUUCUGUUAAAUACAUAUGGCGACUGUAAAUCUAAUAUCCUGAACAAUAUUAUAUAGGUUCAACAAUGGAGGGAAAUUAUAUCCUGGUAAUGUUCUUAUACUGUAUAUUUUUGACUGCAACACGUCAGACAGUGGAAUUAAAAAUCCCACGCACAUACUCGCACACAUGCACUCAUGCACACAUGGACGGGUUAUCAACCUUACAGUUCUGUAGUUAUCAACAGGAGCAGCUCUAAUUAAACUGAGUCAUGUCAAACAUUUUUGCAAAAGCUGAAUGU